AUGCGAUACUACUUGGAUUCAAGGUUUCCUCCUACUCUCAAGAGCGAUGCCUACGCGAAAGGCAAGGAAGCUCUUGACUACGAUCGGAUGAUGAACCCUGACACCUACUCGCUCGACAACUACGAAAACGCCGGACUUGCCGGGAGAAAAGCAUUGGUGGCCAAGGCCGAAAGUGACACGUUACGCACAGCGACGACUGAAACCCUGGAGGAGAUGCUCUCGAUGGCUCGGGCAAACGCCGUACAGUAUCUGCUAUCGUCUUUUGCUCCGUCUGUCCGCACUGCGUGGGACUCUUACUCCUCUCCGUCUCUUCUUUGGGUUGCCAUUCUCGAACGUCACGAAGUUGACAACAACAUGCACGACCCGACGACCUUAAUAGCGAAGAUCAACGAGUUGAAGUACUCCUCCAGUCUUGACGCUCAUGUUCUUUUUGCCACACUGACCAGCUUGGUAAAGCAAUGUCAACGUGGCAUGAUCCCCCCCGACCUCGCAUCGAUGACGUCUCAGCAUGUCCAUGACUUCUAUUGGGAGCAAUUCCACUCGAUCUACUUUUGCAAUGCCUUCGUCGAAGAAUCCACCAUCUGGAAGUCUCUGUGCAAGAUGCAAAUGCAGGCCAAGAACGCUGGCAAGCUCUACUCACUCGCAGAUCUCCAGCGCACAAUUAUGGAAAUCAUUCAGGUGGACCUCAAGUAUCAUCAAAUGCUUGAUCAACAUGGCUCAGCCGAUUCGACUACCCGUCUCCAACAUCUUGCUGCUCCUGCCUACCCGUCUUCUGCCCCGUCUAUUCCGACGGCUUUCGUCGCACACUCUCUCACGUUACCGUCUUGGCCCAUGCCAUUUGUCAUCUUAAUCCUGGAAAAUCUUGCUUCUACUGCGGCCAACCUGGCCAUGCUAUGGACAGCUGCGAUGUGA